CGCUGAGCCCAGUAGACGUGAGGAGUCAGCGUCUGCUGCAUCGCACCUGUUGAGAAUAUCAGCACAAUUCACGAAAGCAUGAAAAAAAAAAAACUAAAAUAACAUGCCGGACGAUGUGUCUCUCUUGCGGAAGCCGUCGAGGAGCCAGAAUAUUCUAUGGAACUAGCGUGCGCGCUCACGAAAGGUCGUUGCGAUACGUGCUCGUUCACCAGUCACUGUUGGUCACGUGGUAUCAAUGUUUACGGAAGCUGCAUCAUGCGAAGUUUAUAGAGGCUAAAAGUUGGCGAUAUUUUGCGUAUUCUUGGCAAUCAGCAUGCUCCUAAUAACGUGUUGAAGUUGUUGUUUUUUGUAGUGAUCGUUUUCCAGCUAACAUGCAGGCGGAAUCACCCGUAACGUCUCCGACAUUUGAUUUGUUAGACUCGUGUGGUAAAUGUCGUGUGCUGGUUGGGGUCACGGGUAGUGUGGCAGCGCUCAAAGUGCCUCUGUUGGUCUCCCAACUUCUAGAGUUGCCCGGGGUGGAUGUGCGUGUUGUCACUACAGAACACGCCAAGCACUUCUACAACCCUGCUGAUGUGGCUGUCAGAGUCUACAGUGACACACAUGAGUGGGAGGUUGGUUAUCAAACAGAGCUGUGGAGCCAGCGUUCUGACCCUGUCCUGCACAUAGAGCUGAGACGCUGGGCUGACCUCCUCGUUAUAGCCCCUCUGGACGCUAACACACUGGGGAAGAUCGCCAGCGGUAUCUGUGACAACUUACUGACGUGUGUGGUACGGGCCUGGGAUACCAGUCGUCCUCUACUCUUCUGUCCAGCGAUGAACACUGCUAUGUGGCAUCACCCCAUCACCUCUCGCCAGGUGGACAUCCUUAAAGAGUUUGGCUACGUUGAGAUUCCCUGCAUCACCAAGGAACUGGUCUGUGGAGACCAAGGUAAAGGGGCCAUGGCAGAGGUGUCAACGAUCGUAGAUGUUGUGAACCAAUUCAUCCAGAAAGCUGCCGAGUCUCCUCAGGAAGGAGCAGGCCAGGUGCUGUGAGGAAGGAGCAGGCCAGGUGCUGUGAGGAAGGAGCAGGCCAGGUGCUAGGGUCUAGGGGUCCGUUUGGGAUUGGGCCAGAGGUCCGUUUGGAAUUGGGCCAUUGACACGAAGAUGAGGCAUUCAGAUGAAGAUUGCUGCAGUUGUGAUGUAAUCAUUUGAAUGUAAUGAACCGAUUUUAUUGAAGCAAAAAUGUUAAAGAGACAAGAGUUUGCAAUAAAUGUUUGUAAUUUAAUUAUCAAGGAA